AGUCUCUCGGAUGUAAACAAAGCCCCGAGUCGGGACACUUUCGGCGGCAUUUAAGACGAAAACGACCUUAUUGUGGCGUACAAAAGCAGCGGAGAGGAUCGACGUCUUUCGGGGAUGAUUGUGGCUCGCUGUCACGCCAGCCGCGAUGGUUCUUUCAGAGCACAAGUGCCAAGUUUGUUGACGGCAGCGCGCGUCUUUUUCCACCAUGGCGCCCGUUUCAGCUGCAGGUUGCCAGUCACGGAGUGUAUCCCCCGUUUUUCCUGGCAGGCAUGCCAAUUUAGCACUUGUGUUGCUGGAUUGAGCGAUUUUUUCCCUCAUCAAUAAGUUAGCAAUUUCCACCUGCUUUCAAAAUGUGAACAUUUUUUUCGACUUUUAGCAAAAGUGACAGAGCACACAUACAGUUCCCCGAUAAACGACUUGUUUUAAGUACACGAAGUAAGUCACUGCUGAGCAAAAGUCUUCAAAUGUCUCUGCUGGCUGGAUGAUGUCAAUACCUCGUCAGUGAACUUUUGGACCUCCACGUGACAAGUGGCUUUCAAAUAUCAAAAUGUUCUUUGCUCCCUGGCUGCUGCACAGAGCCCAAACAUGAAGUGGUUGGACCUUUUUGGACACCUGAAAUGUGUCAUUAUUGGAAUGAUCCACGUGAAAGCUUUACCGGGCUCUCCACUUGGAUGCAUGAAAAUGUCCCAAAUCAUUGAAGAGGCCUGUCGGGAGGCCACCGUAUACCGUGACGCAGGCUUGGACGGUGUGAUAGUGGAGAACAUGCACGACGUCCCGUACUCGCUUUCCCCUGGCCCUGAGGUGAGCGCGUGUAUGACAUCCGUGUGCGCGGCGGUGAGGAGCGUCUGUCCGUCCAUCCCCGUCGGCGUCCAGAUUCUAUCCGCUGCCAACCGGCAGGCGCUCGCCGUCGCUCUCGCCUCAGGCGCUCACUUCAUCCGGGCGGAGGGCUUCGUGUUUUCCCACGUGGCUGAUGAGGGUCUGGUCCACGCUUGUGCCGGAGAACUUCUGAGGUACCGCAAGAGCGUCGGAGGCCAGGACAUCCUCGUCUUUACUGACAUCAAGAAGAAACACAGCUCUCACGCUCUGACCUCAGACGUGAGCCUGGUGGAGACGGCUCGGGCCGCCGAGUUCUUCCUGUCGGACGGACUCAUUGUGACCGGAACGUCCACGGGAGCCCAGGCGGACCCCAAAGAACUGGCGGAGGUCACGCGGGCCGUGAGUCUCCCGGUCCUGGUGGGUUCCGGUGUGACUCAGGACAAUGUGAAUCGCUACCUGGGCGCCAGCGGCCUGAUUGUGGGCUCCCAUUUUAAGGACGGGGGCUGGUGGAGCAACGAGCUGGAGGCGCGGCGCGUCGCCAGCUUCAUGGCACAGAUGAGAGGCCUCCGAGCAAGAUGGCCACACUGAACUCAAGGAACUCUUUCCGGCCUACUUUGACACUUUGAAAAACGUAGGAUGGGGAACUUCGAAUCAAAAGUUCAAGCCAUUUUGCCUGUGUUGUCAGCGGCGGAGUGCAAUCACCGCAAUGAGGCAAGCUGCAGUGUGGCCUAAAGUCCACAGGGUGGCGCUACACACCAACCAAUACAGCAGCCUUCCUCCCGGAAGCGCUCGCCUACCUUUUAGUUUGUAUCCGUUCAUUGACCUCAUUCAUGAGCUCACUAUUCGAUUUCAAAAACAAAUUGCGUUUCUUAUCCAUCUAGUAAUAUAUAUAUAUAUAUAAUUAAAA